GCCCCCGGGCACCCCCCCGGCCGUGGGUGUGUGCCCGCGGUGCGAGGUUGGGGCUGGGGGGCCGGGUUGGGGCUGCCCACCCGGGGGUGCUGGGCGCUGAAGCCCCCCGGUGCGGGCGGUGCUGUGCUGGGGGAGCAGGAGGUCGGCCAGGGUCCGGCCGCCCUGGGGAUGAGCGGGGUUGUGGCUCGGGUGAGGUGGGCAGGCCGGCUGCGUCACCCUCUGGGAUGGGGGUUUGGGGGGAUUUUGAGGGAUUUGGGUCGGGGGCGCGUGCAGAAAGGGCGAUGCCUCCGCUGCAGGCGAGCGCUUGGUGGUUGCGGUCGGAUUCUGCUUGGGUGGGUGAAAAGCUCUCAGCAAUAGCGUUGGGAUUUCAUCCUCGGGGUCUGCUUGCAGACGGCCCCGCUGCAUCCUUUCGGUGCUUUGGGCAUCCUUUUUGCACCAAGGUUAAUUCAAGGCAAAGCCAAACCAGAGCCCUCCCGCUGUCUGGAGCUGAGCGGUUCGGCUGGGCGGCAGCUCGGGCGAGGGGCCGCACGCUGCAAAGCGGGGCGCGAGGAGCUCAGCGUGCAAAUCGGAGGUGGGCAGGAGGGUGCCAGGGCCCCCGGGUGGCUCCCGAGUGCCGCAGACGUUCGACACCGUGCAACGAGCCAGCUUCACCCUGGUGCACCGAGAAGGACAGCAGACGAGGCUUUUUUUUUUUUUUUCUUCCCCUUUUUUUUCCCCCUCUCUAGAGGUUGAUCCUGAUACUGCACACAAAAUCCGGCGGUGUUAUGUAUUAAGGCCGCCUCACAAACCACAGCACAGCCCUGCUUUCCUCCCUGGGCCCAGCUGCGCGGCGCGGCGAUACCUCGGAGCGCUCGGCGCUCCCUGCCCGCCCGCAGCGAGGACUCGAUGGGCCCCGCGGGCUGCGAGCCUCUUUCCCACCGGCUUCCUUUCCCCUGCCGGCCUCCUGCGUGGCCUCGCGGGCCCGACCUCCGCCUGGCCGCGGGCCGGACCUCCACCUGGCCGCUCCUCGGUUAAUGAGUGACUCGCUCUCCUCGGGGACCAGCCAGCCGCUGCCGGCGGCCACCCGCCUCCUGCGUGCGCAGGGAGCGAGAGCCAGACUCUGGGAUCUCUGGCCACGCAAGGUGGGACAGCAGGAAGCGUGGAGGCUUCCUCCUCCUCCUUCUUCUUCUCCUCCUCCUCGUCCUCCUCCUUGUCCGGCCGGGUCGCUGCGUGCGGCCCUGCGGUGUUUGGGGCUGGCCGGGCACGCAGCCGGCUCCGCGUCCCGGCCUCCGCCCCAGGGAGGCAAACAGGAUGGGUGAGGUGUAGGAGCAGCCCCGAAUCCGCUGCCCUGAGCUGGAAGCGGAGUCAGACCGGUCUCGACCUGAGCCGGCUCCUUAUCUGACCCUUUGUUUUCGGGAGGCAGCAGGAAGGGCUCCGCAGAUGGGAAGAGCAGGGGACGAUGGCCACUCGGCCCCGGGUCAUGGUUGUCUCCCCCUGCUUCUGUUCUUUGUUUUGGCUUCUUCCCCCUCUUCUCCUGAGCUGUCACCGCUGCCGAGCCACUCCUCCCUUGCAGAAAGCCUUCGGGUGGGGCUUACCUGCUGGCCCGGAGCCCCCCUGUUCCCACCUGCGCCCACCAUCAUGUCGCUGGCUCGCUCCCAGCUUCAAAACCGCUGAAAUCCAACACGAGGGGCAGGCGGCGGGGUGCCCGAGCGGGCGCGACGAUGCUGUUGGUCACCAGCAGCCUCCCAGCUUCUGCUUAAAAGGUUUUCUUUGAGGGAUCCCACUGAAGGAAACAACCCUUGCGUCGAUCCCUCCUGCAGGGGCUGCGGCAGCCCAGCACCCGUGCAGGCAGCGAGCGUACCUGUGAGGAUGGCUGGCGGUGGGCGCUGCGUGGCCGUCCCCUGCCCAUCCUCCCUCUGCACUCGUACGCUCCGAGCUGCUGCUGCAUGGCCGCUUUUAUCCCUGAAGUAUUAAUAAAUGAAGCUCGCCUAUUUCUGUGAGUCUUUCUAAGAGGCUGGCGGGGCUGCCUGCGCGGCUCGCUCGGCACUGCAAGUAUUUGGGGCUUUUCCGCGCGCGCUUCAGCAGGAGAUAAGCAAGGGCAUCCAGCUGUCAGCUUUGGAGAUUGCCAAAGCCUGCUCAACGGGAUUUCUGCAGGCUUCUCGCACAAAUGAGGAUUUUGUUGGGUGCUUUGGUUUCUGACUUGAUGCUGGUAAUUAAAUAUCUCAGCUCGGCUUCGUGGAUUGACUGGUGAGGCCCUGUGAAGCAGGGCGCGCUCGUUCUGCUGUAAUUGAGUGGGCCUUAACUACAGGGCUUCAGCCUGCAUGUAUUUUUCUUUUUAACACACAUUUUUAUAUAAGUAAAUCUCCUUUAAAAGGGGAAAGAAGAUCUUGCAUUUUACAGCUGUCCUAUGAAGCUUGCAUGGACCUGCUGGGACAGCUGUUUUUUUGCAAGUCCUGGUAGUUGAACGCUGUAAAAUUCAAAUCGUGUCCAUAUUGAUUUUUUCCUUCCUCUUGAAGAUAAUGAUGUGUGUACUUUUCGCUUCUGCACCAUGACAAACAUCAGCUCUGCACUGAGAAAGGAGGAGAUCUGAACAAAAGGGUGCAAGUCAGGGAAAAAAUACUGAGUGUCUAUCCUGACUUGAAUCUCUGUGGCUUAGCAUAUAGGUUACUCUGCGUGCUUACCAUACUAGGGGAUGAGAGGAACAGCUAGUAGAAGUUUGGGAAGCAGUUAAAUAUGCCAGCUGUAGCUUUUUUGCAUAGUGCAUUUGCAAUCUGUCUUUGGUUCUUCUUUUUCCUGAUGCUGUCUUGGUCUGAGCCUGGCUGGGAUAAAGCUGUGUCGGUGCCAUGUCUCCCACCUGCCCUCUCGGGAGAUGGUUUUUGCCCGGUGCCUGCUGUCCUCGUGGGGUGUCACAGUGCUCUGGAAUAUGUUGAAGAACCAGGAGUUCUGGGGUAGCGUGGAAAAUCUCAGCCGAGUGAGUCAUAAAACUUUCAAAUCUUUGUGGCCUCCGAGAAGAAAACAAAGGAGGUGGAGAUGAGAGAAGCAGCCUGGCACACCGUAAAUAUGGGGUUGGUUACCUGGAGACUGUCAUGAGGUGAGCUGACAGGGCUUUGUUCCGUGAGCGGUGUGGUCUGAGCGCCAGCCACCUGCAUUACAGCGGCACAAAAUAAUGCAUGAAAUCAUCCGAGCAGCAUCUGCCCGUGCUUUCCUCGUGGUGAAGUUAGGUGGGGUCACUCUAAGGGUGUCCUGCCCCACGCCGCGCCGCGCUCCGGAGCAACCUCUGCGUGCUCCACAUGAAUCACCGCUCACCCUGCUUCGUUAGUGCUUCCUCUGGCGUUCAGUCCUCGGCCUCCGGCUUUUGUUCUGAGUUUGCUGAAUGAAAGGGCUUUGUGCUGCCGGGAGCACCUGCGCUGGGAAGUCACUUCCUAAAUCAGCCAGAUGGAUGGGGUGGCCCAACCUGCUGGCGCUCAUUGAUGAGUCAUUAUUAGCGUGACUCGUUAAGGUAAUAAAUAAGCUGCUCGUUGACCGCGUUGCAUUGACAGGCUUUGACAGGCGGUGCAAAACAUUGCCGACACCCGCUGGAGGGGCCGUCGUGGUGGCAGGGUCCGUGCCACCGCAGGUCCGUCACCGCGGCGGAGCUGGCUGGCGGCACGGCGUUAGAGCAUCGGAGCUCGGUUGCUGGUGCUCAUUUGUUCACUCCUUGUGCCUUCGUGAAGGACAGGGUGGUUGGUUUGCUUUUUUUUUUGGCUGCUUCCAAGUUGUUUUGGAGCUCUGGUUCUGAGCUCCUCCGGACUUGGCACUGAGGACACACGGCGGUGCCUGCGUGAAGUGCUCAGGGAGGGGUGGGUGGCGUGUUGUUGGUUUGGAGGUGUCCUCGUCCUCCCGAGCCUGCCCGCUGCCCAUCCUGGUGGGAGCGUGGUGCCGAUGGCCUCGUCCUGCAGAGAGCCGGGCUCCUCGGUGCUGGCGGGGCCGCGCGGAUUAUUGCAGGGCUCCUUGCCGUGCCAGACAAGUGGCUUCUUGUUGCGCCUCCCGCAUUCCUUCGGGUGAGCAUUACUUAGCUAUGCACUCCCAGCUACGUGCUGCUCACCUGAAUCACGUCUUCGUGUGUGCACGGCUUAACUGCCCCAAAGCCCGGGCUGCCCCUCGCCAGGCUGCGCCGGCAAGGUUCAAGCAUUUUUACGAGAGGGUGAACUCCCAGGCUGCCACCGGGAGUUUUGCAAUGGGACUCCACGUCCCUUCUUGCGUGGGCGAAGCCCUGGCUGGAAAUGGGUUGUGCACAGCUCCCAACGACCCAUCAGCAGCCAAACGCUGGUGAUAUAAAGAGGGGGAAGACCCAGUUAAUUCAUCGGCCCCGGGAGGCGGCGGAAAGGCAGCCCAGGACCGUGCCGCUCAGAGCCUGGCUUUGGGGGGUUCUGCAUCAAACAGCAGCAGCUGGGCUCCCUACCAAAUAGCAAAACUUCGCUGUGUGUGUCAGUUUGGGGGAAAUCACUGUGGGGUGGGGGUUCCUUCACUGCUUUAUGGGAGUGAGGGUCAGCUCGCCUGCCCAGGGACAUCCUCAGCAAUGAGCUUUUGAGGGUGAGCUAUCAACAAGCAGGAGUAGCACACGCACGCUUCUUGGAGAGGAGCAAAACUGCAGUUUUUUAUUGUAUUUCUGGAUGCCUGCUCCUUGCUUGGCCUCAGCAUCUUCUAAACGACCGGUGCUUAGAGGAGCACCCUUAUGGGCUCUGAUGUUCCGUCCUGGAGAGCCCGUGGUAGCUGAGGACCAGUGCAGCUCUUUCCUUCAAGGAUGCUUGCAAGGGGCUGCAAGUCUGCUUGUGCCAAGCUCUCCCCUCCUUUUGGAUGGGGAGAUUUUGGGUUUUUGGCUGCCCUGUUGGGUUGGCACCGUGCUCCUCGCACAGCGCGCAGCACUCGACUGCCGUGCCCCUGCCCUGCUUGGGGUUUUCUUCUGGAAUUCGGGGCUUCUCCCAUCGCUGUCCCUACCCCUCCUUGCGUGCAGGGAUGUUGGUGGGGUCGAAGGUCUCGGGGUGGGAUCCUGGGUGUUGCUCAGCGGGGCCAAGCGAGAGCUGGGCAGCAGGAAAGCUGAAGCUGCAAAUCCGCUCCGGAAGAGGUUGGCUUUGAGACCUGACACGGCGCUCCCUUCGUCACCAUCCCCUCGUUACGGAUGCGUCCCACAAAGCGGCUGGAGGCUCCCCGGGGACAACUCAGUUCCCUUUUUAAACUCCAGCUCCUUUUAUCUUCGGUGCAGACUGCUGUCUGGGAAAUCACAUGUGAAAUCGCUGGUGGCUCUGGAGCUGCAAGAAGUCCCUCCUCCCCAUUACACAGAGCAAAAAGAUGUCAGGAAAAAUUUCUGGAGUGUGCUAAACGCUGUAAUCCCUACAGACAGCUUACUUUUGGAUCUGGAGUUGGAGGCAAGUCUUGGUGCUCAUGGUUCUCACGCAUGUACUUUUGUACUAAAUGCUGCUCUUCCCCUCACCGAGUUCAGCGUUUGCCAGUUCUUCAUCGUGAGCGAUGCAGCAGUGAUCGUGGUGUGUUCAGAUGUGACGUGUGAUGGGGUCUGCCGUGGACUGUGUAGGCACGAGACCGAGCGGUUCCCCUAGCCGGCACGGUACGACUUCCUUAAAAAGGUCCAUAAAAUACAGCCUGUCCCUGGUUCUUCAAGCCAUCCUAUAGCCUGACGCGUUUCCGCAUGAGCAAAAAGCGAGUAAGAAGGACUUUAACCUUGCAAUAAUCGACGGGUGGAUUUCUGGGAGGUGCCAGCAAUUGCAUCAGGUGAAACUCCGCUGACUUUGGGCUGAGGCUGGACCAGCUGAUGGCCCGGCGCGGCGGUGCGCGUGGGGAAACCCUGCUGUUGUACUUUGACCUAACGCCGAAGCAGUUUGAAUGCAGAGGGUGCUGCCGUGUGUCGUGGCUGUAGCUCGGUUGCCUCGUGUCCUCUUUUUGUUCCCUUUGCGUCGUGUUUUGGGCUGCGUCUGGAGGAGAGACCGCGGCUGCGGGGCCUGGCGUCGCCGUGCCGUGUGGUCUCGGAGCAGCUGGGGACCCGGGGACCCAAAGGCUGAGCUGUCACGGGGCGGGGGGAGAAGGGCCCGUGAAAAAUGGGUGCUCGUUUCUCCAAGGGGGGGGAUAAAAAUCACAUCCAACAUUCGCCUUGUUAGGUAAUGCCUCGGGGAGGCUGGAUCCAGCCUCUGGGUUGCACUGCAGCUCUCUGCCCUAUAGCGAGCCCACCCACACUGCGGAGCUGUGCAGAAUUGCAAUCUGCCCCUUGCAGAAACGCCCCAGGGACUGUGCUGUGAAGGUCCCAGCACGACAGGGUGCUUGGGGCAUCAGCCGAGCCCUUUAAAGCUUGCAAUCGCCUUCCUCGCAGGGCUCCAGCCCGCCGCAGCACCGGGAGCUCCCCUCUCCCUGGGGUGCAGCUCUUCCCACCCAGCAAAACUGGCUGGCAUCCGAAGAAAUAAACAGGCCUCCUACGCCGGAGCAGGGAGUCUCGGGCUGUUGCACAAGGCUGGAAGCAAAGAGCCCUCUCAUCACUUCGCUACCUGCGCCGCUGCUCCUGGCUUCGCAGCCCUGGCCGGCGAUUCCCAGAGCAGGAUCCGCGCCGUGGGCCGGGAGCUGAGCCGCUGCGGUGCUCAGCUAACCCCAAGCCUAUUAAAAGCCCGCAGGAUCGACUCUUCCCCUUCCUCCUCCUGCUUCCUUCCCCCCCCCCCCCCCCUCGGUUUUCAACACCAGAUACGUGAAUAAAUCAUCUAGGAUGUGAUCACACAGGAAACUCGCUUUUUUUUUUUUUUUUUAAUUUUUUUGCAGCCGAGUGAGGAAGUGAAUUCAGCUCUCCAGGGUUUCGGUCCUGUGCGCUUCUUAAUCACGAGGCUCUCCGUCCUUUCAGCUCCGUCACUCGUGAAGUGACGUUUCCUCGGCCGCGUUGGCUUUUCCCCUUGCUGCUGCAGACCUGCAGGAACAAUAGCUGCUGGGAACGCUCUCCAGCAAACCGACAUGGAUGGUGGCUGCGCGUGGUGCGAGGGGGAAAACGCACAUUUGAUCUGCAUUAGAUCGGGUUUUGUUGUCUUGUUUACUACUUGGUUCUUCCUUUUCCUCAAAGAAGAGCAAACCCCGUGUUCCUGCGGGAUCCCCAGCUUUUUUCCCCAAAUUUGCUCCUUGUUCCAAGUAGCGUGCUCAAAACCCCGCGUUCCUUUGUGCAUCUUGUCUUUAUUUUUUCUUCUUUUUUUUUUUCCUUUUUCUUUGUCGGUGGGGGCUUACGGAGUAUAAUGGGCAGAUUAGCAACUGUAUUCGUGGAGUAACCCAUCUUUGUGCGGGUCUGGCUAGAAACCAAUUAAGCUUGUCUUGAUCUCUAAAUGAGAUUUUUGUCGAGCGCCUUGCCCAACCGCCUUUUACAUCCAUUAAUAGCGGGUGGGAUUAAAAUAGCUCGACGUGUAAAGAUCGCGUGUUGGAUAAAUAAGAAGCGGUGGUUGCAGGGAGGUUCCCGGGGAUGUGUGCAAACCGGUGCCUCUUUGUUCCGUGGUGGUGUAGCUCUGUGUUUCUUGAAGCCUGGCAUGAAGUGCGUUUGGCUACGGGUGUGCAAAGCCCGGUGACAGUAUACGCAGUGAGGGGACAGAUGCAAAGCUGCUGAGCAGAUUGGGAGCUUUCCAUGGGCUGCAUUAGCGCGGCGGUCCCGAACACCCAUCAGUGCACGUCCCCUGAGCUCCGGGUGGCUCUGAGCGGGGUUGCUGCAGCCUUUGAAUGCCUGGAAGUGCCGUGGACUGGCCGUGUUCCCUGGUCCUGGGCUCUUUUUUGGCCUGGGAAGGAGCCCAGCAGCUUUCCGGGUGUGGGUGGCAGGCAGCAGUGGGGACCCGUCCCCAUAUCCCUGCCUCGAUGGGGUUUGCUGCUGGCUUGCCCUGCUGCUGCAAUGAAAACCCGUCCGGGAGCGGCGCUUUCGUGCAGUGUUUUUGAAGAAAAGCAGCUAAAUAAAGAUGCCUUUAAUAAACCGUGCCUUCAGGGAACCCUUGUAUCUCGUCCCAGACUGUUUCUGCAUCGAGAUAAGAUUGUGGAGCAGCUGGAUUUGCGCUCUGCUUGGGGAGAUGUUGGCGGGGGAAGGGCUGUGGGAUGCUUUUAGGGUGCAGACGUUCAUUAUUUCUUUGUUU